UUGGAUGGGUGAAGAGGUAUGUGGAAGCUUGCUGACAGGAAAGUGGAAUCUAGUCGUCUGUGUUCGUGGAGUCUGCUGCCGAGGAACUCAGGGCUGGUUCCUGUCCCUUCGGAGCCCUGGAGGCCAAACUUGGAUUCCAAGUUUAAGAUUCCCUAGAGGGUGAAAGAUUAGGAGCUGAGCUUCCCCCUGCCGGGUCUGCAGCGGGAGUGGCCAACCCCGACCCGACUUUAAAACUCCCAGGGAGUCUUCGCUGCUCCCACCUCCGCUUCAACCCCUACGCUCCCACUUGGGGUCUCCCUUAGGGCCGGGAGUCGCUGCGGUCGUUGGAUGUGCGUGCCGGCGGGUUCCCGGGAACUUGGGGGCGGCUGCUGAGCCCCGGCGCGGGCGGAAAGUUUGUAUUCGCCUUCUGCAGCCUCACCCCCCGAGGGCCGCCCAGUGGCUUCCACCAUGAUCAGCGGUGUGUUCAGCGUGCGCAUGUGGGGGCCCGUGGGCUUCCUGACCUCGCUGGCUUACUGCGUCCACCAGCGGCGGGCCGCCCAGGCAGAGCCGCGGAGUGCGGACGGCCAGCAUCCCGUCGACCGGAGUCGGCUGGAGUUGAAAAUGGUGCAGGUCGUGUUCCGACACGGGGCCCGGAGCCCUCUCAAGCCGCUCCCGCAGGAGGAGCAGCAGGCAGAGUGGAAUCUCCAACUAUUAGAGGUCCCACCCCAAACUCAGUUUGAUUACACCAUCACCAAUCUAGCUGGUGGCCCGAAACCACAUUCUCCUUUCGACUCUCAAUACCAUGAGACCAAACUGAAGGGGGGCAUGUUUGCUGGACAGCUGACCAACGUGGGCAUGCAGCAGAUGUUUGCCCUGGGAAAGAGGCUGAGGAAGAACUAUGUGGAGGACAUCCCCUUUCUUUCGCCAACCUUCAAUCCACUGGAGGUCUUUGUCCGUUCCACUAAUAUAUAUCGGAAUCUGGAAUCUACCCGGUGUUUGCUGGCUGGACUUUUCCAAUAUCAGAAAGAAGGACCCAUCAUCAUCCACGCUGAUGAAGCAAGCUCAGAAGUCUUGUACCCCAACUACCAAAACUGCUGGAGCCUGCGGGAAAGAAUCAGAGGCCGGAGGCAGGCUGCCUCUUUGCAGCCAGGAAUCUCAGAGGAUUUGCAAAAGGUGAAGGAAGGGAUGGGCAUCACCAGUAAUGAUGGAGUAGACUUCCUCAGCCUCUUUGACAAUAUGGCUGCCGAGCAGGUGCACAGCCUCCCGAGCUGCCCGACGCUGAAGAGAUUUGCAUGGAUGAUUGAGCAGAGAGCAGUGGACACAGCCUUGUACGUUAUGCAGAGGGAAGACAGGGAAAGCCUUCAGAUGGCCGUAGGCCCAUUCCUUCAUAUCCUGGAGAACAACCUGCUGAAAGCUGUGGACCCUGCCACUCCACCCGGCAAGACCAGAAAGUUGUACCUCUACGCAGCUCAUGAUGUGACCCUCAUGCCUCUCUUAAUCACCCUGGGGAUUUUUGACCACAAAUGGCCCCCAUUUGCUGUUGAUCUGACCAUGGAACUCUACCAGCACCGGGAAUCUAAGGAGUGGUUUGUGCAGCUCUAUUACCGCGGGGAGGAGCAGGUGCCAAAAGGUUGCCCUGACCGGCUCUGUCCACUGGACAAGUUCUUAAACACCAUUUCAGUUUACACCUUGAGCCCAGAAAAAUACCACACACUGUGCUCUCAAGUCCAGGUGAUGGAACUUGGAAAUGGGGAGUAACUGAUUUAUACAAACAAGAUGUGUUGGUUUUUCAAUAAAUGCCUUUACACACUGCCUCUGGCUGUCAUGUUUGG